CAUAAGGUCGCUUUACGAGAUAUCUCAGUUUCGACAGGACGCCUCCUACCUUCUGCUCGACCAAAAACUCUUGUUGUGUCUCACCUGAUGCGAAGCAGCGCGGGCAGCCCGAGAAGAGACCCCUCCUCGGCAGCAAAUGAAGGCUGGUCCAUACACUGGGGAGAAUUAAGGAUGGGGGGAAAGCUGUAAAAGAAUGCAAAUGAUAUUCAUGAAGUAAUUACAGCAGGUGUGACACAAUAAAUUAAUUUGAUUAGUCCACAACCUUUGAAGUGAGCCCAGGAAAUUCACCAUGGAGCUCCAGCACAACACCAACCACAACCAAGCCUUGUGGAAGGAGAUACCGUGGGAUUUCACAGAGGACUGCUCCCUCUCAGUGAGUGGCACCACCUUCCUCAUCAUCGCUUACAGCACGGUAAUGGCGGUAGGUCUCAUUGGGAACUCUUGCCUGGUGUUUGUAAUCACACGGCACAAGGAGAUGCGAAACGUCACCAACGUCUUCAUCGCCAACCUCUCCUGUUCUGACAUCCUCAUGUGCAUUGUGUGCCUGCCGGUCACCAUUAUCUACACCCUGAUGGACCACUGGAUCUUAGGGGACCUCCUCUGUAAGCUCACGCCCUUCAUCCAGUGUAUAUCCAUCACUGUGUCCAUCUUCUCCCUCGUCCUCAUCGCCAUGGAGCGCUACCAGCUCAUUGUCCACCCGACUGGAUGGAAGCCCAUGGUGGGGCAGUCCUACCUGGCGGUGGCUGUCACCUGGACCGUGGCGUGCCUAAUCUCUGUGCCUUUCCUCUCGUACAACGUCCUCAUGGCGCCUUUCCAGAACCUCAGCAUGCCUUUCCCAGUCAGCGACCAGCUUGUGUGCAUGGAGCGGUGGCCAUCCGUUCAGAAGCGGCGAGCUUACACCACCUCCCUGCUCAUCUUCCAGUACUUCCUCCCUCUCACCCUCGUCAUGCUCUGCUACAUGCACGUCUACCUGCGCCUCAGGAGGAGGAAGGACAUGGUGGAGCGCGGCAGGAACACCACCCAAAAGAAAAACAAAGGGGCCACGAGGAUCAACGCCAUGUUAAUCGCCAUCGUGGUGGCGUUCGCCGUCUCCUGGCUCCCGCUCAAUAUCUUCAACACGGUGUUCGACUGGAACCACGAGGCCCUCCCGUCCUGUGGCCAUGACGUCGUUUUCUCUUUCUGCCACCUCACGGCCAUGGCCUCCACCUGCGUCAACCCCAUCAUCUACGGUUUCCUCAACAGCAAUUUCCAGAAACAGCUCAAGUCCACCCUACUGCGCUGUCGCUGCUGGGGGGUGACCGAGAGGUACGAGAGCGUGCCCCUCUCCACCGUCAGCACAGAGGUCACCAAGGGGUCAAUUUUGAGCAAUGGAUCUAUCAGCAUCAAUACUUAAACCCAAGCCUUUUCAGUGAAAGACAAAGAGACUUCUGGGGGCCUCUUCAGCCCUCAUUGUGUCAUCCUUUGGAGCUUUUCUUGCUUUGUUGCGUCCAAAAUUGAGGUUGACAUUUACAAGGUUAUAAAUCUCACAACAGCAGCCCAGAGAUUCGACUGAAGACAGUUAACCUGUAUGGUGCGAGGCCAUCGAUUCACAUGUAAGGGGAAGUAGAUAACAAAUUGAUGGUGCAAAGGUCGGACAAGUAUUGUAAGGUAUGAAGGCACUUCACAUGAGCACUUUUGCAGUCUGUAUAGUCCUUUCCCCAUGUGCUGUGGGCACAUACAAAUGAAGAGACAGCUUUAAUCUGGUAUUCAUCAGUCAUGUUUUCUCUCUAAAGCACUGGGAUCUACUCAGAUUGUCACGUUUUUAAUAAAUGUCAGCUAUUAAGGAGUUGCUUUUCACACUUUCUCUUAUUAAAAUGUGAGCAAUGGAACCACUCAAGAGAUGUACAUGGACAAAAGGGGUUUAGAAACUGCAAAUGUUCUUCUCAGUUUUGCUGUUUUAUAUGAAUAGUAUUGACGACAUAUUAAGAGAUUGUAAAAUGUGAUGUGUUAAUGAUUAUCGACAGAGUAGUUUAUUAGAGUACACAACUGAAGGAGGGAACAUUAGUGCAUUAAAUAUGCCUCCAGGCGUUCAUUACUAUUUACUCCCAUCAUCUUAAUGCAUUUCUUAUUACCUAAAAUCACCACAUUCAUUGUAAUGGUCUUUUACAGAGAACCUUUCCAAGAGAUAUACACUCCACUCUGUCCGCCAAGGUCUGCAGUGUAUUGUGCGUGUGGGAUGUUUUUACUCAUAAAUGUGCCAUUCAACAACCAUAUAUCAAGUGCCAUAAAACAAAAUAAAAAAGGCAGUAGAGGGCGAUGUCAGAGCACGGUUCGUCUGCUGUAUACAACAUUACUAAAUACUUGUAUGGCCUGUAAAAUAUGUAACACAGUUAUAGUUAAUGGUGUGGUGGGGAAUACAAAGCCUGUGUAGCAUAGCAGAUAUCUCCUAGGAAACCUGUUGUACGUCACUUUUCUUUGUGGUAUUGAAUUAAACUUUAUUAUCUCUUAUCUUUAA